AUGCUGAACACCCUAAUCUCACGUAUCCGACCACACCCACUAUCAAGAAGCAUCAUGUCAUCGUCACCAUCCACAUCUGUCGCUCGUACGAAGACGACCAUUGCCGUAGCUCAAAUCCGAUCUACUGCUGACCCUGUACAUAAUUUGGAGAUAUCGAAGAAAGUGAUUAAGAAAGCUGCUGAAGCAGGUGCGAAGGCGAUAUUCUUACCUGAAGCAUCAGAUUUCAUCAAUCAAUCUUUCCCCGAAUCUCGUAAAUUAUCUUUACCCCUCGCUCGACAUCCUUACACCCUCGGACUACAGGAGACAGCGAAAGAACUGGGAGUGACGAUCAGCGUGGGGAUACAUGAAGGACCGGACAGUGAGGAGGAAGAAAGGUUUUAUAAUUCCCAUGUAGUCAUUGGAGGGGAUGGUCAGGUCAAGGCGAACUAUAGAAAGCUCCACCUAUACGAUGUCGUAUUGACCAAACCACCCAACGAAGAUGGAACUAUUCCCCCACCUCAACGAACAGGCGAAUCCGAUAGGAUACUCCCCGGUCAGAAAGUCGUCCCUCCAGUGGACAUUGAGCGGUUGGGCAAAGUAGGAUUGGAAAUUUGUUAUGAUAUAAGGUUCCCAGAAUUAUCGAUGAUACUCACUAGGCUAGGUGCGACUACACUGUUGUUCCCUUCGGCGUUUAUGGUCAAGACUGGACGUGAUCAUUGGGCUACUUUAUGCCGAUCCCAAGCCAUCCAAUCCCAAUCAUACGUGAUCGCCUCAGCGCAAUACGGCGCACAUAACCCCAAACGAACUUCAUGGGGAGAAUCCAUAGCGUUCGACCCAUGGGGCAAACAAUUAGGUAGGUUACGAAGUGUGGAUGAUACGCCUCCUGGGGAAGAUAAGGAGGUUGAGAGGAUUUAUGAGGAAGAAGGCGAGUUUUUCUUGGUUGAGAUUGAUGAUCAGAUAGUAAAAAAUACGAGAAGUCAGAUUCCGUUGGGUGUACAGAGACGAACAGAUAUAUAUGGUGUUGUGGGUGAGAACGUGAAUGUGUAA